CAGUUCAAAGACAACAAACCUGCAGUGAAAUUGUGCUGAUGGUUCCUUCUUCCCUCGCGCAAGCAAAUUUCGAUUGUUAAAUUUGCUUCGAUUGUGCAAGCAUCGCGCGUCGCGUCGUUUAUCCAAUGUUUUGGACCCGUUCGCUUUCGAUGUCCCAGUGAGGUGCGCACGUUCCGGCCUGUGAUUUUCGGAUUGCUCCCUUUUUUGCGUAGUGGCCCUGAACACGCGAACUGUCGCUGCGUCUGACAGCUGCUCCUCCGUCAUCACAUCGUUCUUUUUUUCGCUGUGAAUACUACGAUUUGCUUGUGGGAUAUUGGCCGAGUUAAUCCGGAAUUACGUCGGCACUGUUUUUGUUUGCGAAGAAUCGAUUAUAUCCCCCCAUUGUUAAGCUGCGCGGUAAGCGGACCCGAAGAUGCCAGCCAAGGAGCGUAACAUUGCCAUGAUGGGCUACCGAUCCGUAGGAAAGUCAUCGCUCAGUAUUCAAUUCGUGGAAGGACAAUUUGUGGACUCGUACGAUCCCACCAUCGAGAACACAUUCACCAAAAUAACCCGCGUCAAUUCAACCGACUACGAGGUCAAGCUGGUGGACACGGCCGGCCAGGAUGAGUACAGCAUAUUUCCCGCCCAGUACAGCAUGGACUUUCACGGGUACGUGCUGGUGUACUCCAUCACGAGUCAAAAGUCCUUCGAGGUCAUUCAGAUUAUCUACGAGAAGCUGCUCGAUGUUAUGGGGAAGGCCUACGUUCCGGUAGCCCUCGUUGGGAACAAAACCGAUUUGCACCAGGAGCGGGCAGUUUCGACCGAGGAAGGACGAAAAUUAGCCGAAUCUUGGAAGGCGCAAUUUUUAGAGACUUCUGCGAAACAAAAUGAGUCCGUCGCCGAUAUAUUCCACUUGCUGUUGCAGCAAAUCGAGCGCGAUAAUGGAAAUACUAGCGAAAAGAGCAGUUGUACCAUAUCUUGAACAGGUUCUGCCUCAACUGCUACGUCAAGGAACAACCCGGCGAAAAAUGAAAGUUUACUAGGAAGAAAGUGUCAUCCCCCUGCUUGUCGGCGCGUCGCUGUUCCGCUGCUGUUGCCGCUGUGGGACCGGAAGCUCCCGUUAUCUUCAUGUUAAUAUUAAACAAAAAAAAAAUCGUACAGUGUUGUAUAAAGAAAAGUUUAGUUCAAAAUUCUCCAAGCAAGAAACGCAAGUAAACGUGAUAGCAAAUAGAACAAUUUCCAAUCACACAACAACUUCAAACACAUUUGCGCCAUAAUUAAUACACGAUGGGGACGAUGAAGUGGCAGCGGCAUCGGAAGAAUGGGAAAGAGAACAGUUUUAUCAUCAUUUUUAAGAAUCGAAAAGUGAAAACGGCAAAUUACACGGAAAGCACACACACA